AUGCAUCAUCUGAAUCCGUUUUUAUGGAUAACAAUAUGCAUUGUUGUAAGUAAUGGUCUUCUCGACAAGCAAGUUGAUCCCGACUCUCGAGAUCCCUCGUCUUCCGGAUACGAUCAAAAUCUGAAAGUCGACUUUUCCAAUUCUCUAAGUUUCCCCGAAUAUCUUCGUAAUGCGAGAAACGCAAACGACAAGUCAACCGAAUACCUAAAUCACAUCACUUCCAUCGCCCACAUCACCAAUGGAAUCGCUCUCCAGAAUGGGUUGAUGAAUGGAAAUGUUCCAAUCGAUGGAGUGAUUGAAGAACUUCUCAAUUUUGGCACCGUCAAACUGUCCUCCGUCAUACAAUUCAAAACGGAUAGAAUCAAAAAUUUCGUAGCCAAGUUGAAGGGUGUUUCUGGAAAAUUCGAUGGCUCGGCGGCUGAACUGGAGAAACAAGCAUUGAAGUGGAAUAAGUGGUACAAUAAAUACUUGUCUGUCAAGGAUGUCACGUUCGAUAAGAUCCCGAGAAGUUCGGAGUACUUUGUUGGUGCAAAAACCAUCAAUUCUUCAACAAUUCUGGAAAAUGUUAAUAAGCUAAGAGAAGAUAUUAGGAAUAUGGCAUAUGAUAUAGUAAUGAUUGAGAACAAUAUGCAAAAGAAGUUUGAAGGAUACACUAUCAGUUACCUUUCAAUUGCUUUUAAAUACGUUCACGUUAAAGCACAGGGAUUGCCCAAAACAAUCGAUGCAAUUGAAGUGGAAAUUAAAAAUAAACUGUCACAAAGUCUAUUGAAAGAAGGUCAUGUGAUAUUUGAAUCACUGGAAUCGAUGCUAAAAGUGAUAAAAAGCAGGAAAGUGAUUGUACAGAGUACUGAUGCAUUGAUUACAACCAUAAAAAACAAUGUCGAGAUAGCUGUUGGUUUGGCAAAGGAUUCGACUGCAGCUGAUACUGAUAUAUCUCUAAUCACCGAGUUAAUGAAGAGCCAAAAUGAGAGAAAAACUAAAAAACACACGAUUGGAUUUCCAAAUGGCGCCUCUGAUAUGAAACAAUUGAAAAGGGAUGCUGUUGAUUCAUGGAUUGCGAAGAUUCUGAAUCUGGAUGUGACCCGAUUGAAUGCAUUAUGGGAUAGUUUAUUCCCCCUAUUCCAAAUUAAUGAGAAGUUGGAUGGACUGGAUGGGAACAUGAGAUCAAUUGUGUCCGAUAACUCAUAUGAAUCACUGCUAAAACUCCAAGAGAUCCAGAAAGUACUCGCAGCAGUAUCUGACGAAUCAAUCGUAUCCAUUGAUGUACUAAAAGUUUACGACACAUGCUUUAAUAUACCAAGACCCGACGACACAGAUUUCAAAAUAAGUGAAGAUUUUAUUGCGAAUGUACAUUUAUUGACGAACAAAUUAAUUGAUAUAGAAUCAUUGAUUCAUGUUUUGAAGGAUGAUACAUUGAAACAAGAAGUUGAUGAAUACUUGAAAUCUCUUGGUUUCACGAACAUUGUCGACGACACAACAGUUAAGAAAGAGCUACCAGAGGCCGUAAAAAGAUACAAUGGCGGAAAUAAUUUGGAUAAAAUCAAGAAACGCGUCAACGAUUUAAUCGCCAAAAUUGAUGAUAUUGGUUUAGCAGCUCUUCAAUCAAAACUGUCAAAUAUGGCAAAUCACAGUGUGAAAAUUAUUGAUCAACUAUUCAAUGAUGACUUAAUUAGACUUGGAGGAAUACAUGAUUCUAUCCAUAUGCUGCAAGAUUUGAAAAUGUCAGAUAUCGAUAAUGUGACAACACUUGCAACAGCCAUUUCUGAUCUCUCGGAAAGCUUAAUUGGUAUCAAAUCAAUUCCUGAUGACAUGAAUAAAAUUGCCAAGAAUGUGACAGUUGAUGUUAACAAAUUGGAUAAUUCAAUGGCCAAAUCGAGAGCAGUUGGACAGUCAGUGGUUUCCCUUAAACAAGUGUAUGAAUUGAAACAACUGAAAAUAGAAAUUGCUCAUCUUAAAAGUCUGAGGGAUACUGUUGAAGUGGAAAUUCGAAAUGUUGCGAGCUUAAAAGAGAAGGUGGUAAUCAGGAAUGAAUGGGGUGAUCAUAAGAAGGAUAUCUAUGAACUCGAGAACUUUUUAGCUGAAAUCGAGUCAUUUGAUGCAGAAUUAGAUGUGACUGAUGUCAAAAUUGAUUUCUAUAAAAAGGCGAACGCUCUGAGAUCUCUCAUCAAUCAACCGACAAUCAAUUCAAAUGUCACAUCAGAUCUGGAAAAUGCCAAAGAGACACUCGAGAAAUUGUCAAGACUAGAUCUGUUAUUCUCGAAAUACAGAACCAAGUAUAGCAGAGUUCCGAGUGAUUUACGAGGACUUCACGAGUUUUUGGUUCAAUUCUUGACACCUGAAGCAGUGAAUACAGUAAUCAGUGGAAAUAAUGACAAGUAUUAUUACGUUGCUAUCGGCAUAAUCUUCUUUGCUCUUUUCGUCGCUGUUGUUGUGCUUGUUCUGCUUUACUGCAACCUACUUUGCUUCAAAAAUCGGAGCCUAUGCUCAGUUGUCGACAUGGAUGCAGAUGAUAAAACCAUACUUGUCAACGGGCCGAAACGGGCCGACACGGGCCGGCUCGUAACUCGCGUCAAAAUGAAUAUUAUGAGCUGA